GACAAGAGCAGGCCAGAGAGAGGACGCAGUGUCAUCUAUUCACACUGGAUUUCUCGGCGUUCCGUAGAUUUCAACAUGUAGGUAAAAUGACAAAUGUAGGUAAAAUGCCUGUGUGCCCGAAAGAGUGCGUGGUAAUGUAAGAUUAUGCACCAGAGUAGGAAGUACUCACCGAUGCGCUACAUCGCGUGAUCGGCGUAUCACCGUUAGCUGUGGAUAUCGGUAAUAAAUCAGCACUGAGGACGAAGACGGCGGACUACGGUCGAGGGGAAUUAUUCAACCCGCCCAGGAUGUACCAUUCGAAAGUCAAGGUAGUCCGAGCCGCCCGGAGGCAUACCUCUACUCCAAGCAGGAGUCUGGAGAACAUCGAGGCGGUCUGGAGCAAGAUCAGAGCGGACUCGUUACCAAACCUCGAAGAGAGAAGACCGGAGCCGGUGAAGGUGAUGAACCCCGCGGAGAACGGCUGCCCUGGCCGCGGCAGUAGGAAAAGGGGGUUCAAGCCCCCGGAUGUGAGGACCAUAUUCUCCCCCAGUGAGAGAGACUCCCGGAUGAGGGGGGAGGAACACACCUUCUACCUAGGUCUUUCGGGCGCUUGGUGCGAUGUUUGCUGCGUAUACAUCCUCCACUUCUCCCUGAUGUGUUCACGGUGUAAGUAUACGUGUCACCCAGAGUGUCGAGAGCGAGUGUCAUUGGACUGUCACCCCGGUUGUCCUGUUGCCGUUGACACCCCCCUCAGCCAGGACCACCUUAACAACAACACACCGGCCAUUGAUGUGGAGCAGGAAAGGGAGUUACGGACUCAUCUCAGCAGAGAGGAGAUCCGACAGAAGGUCGAGCUGUACAACUCCUCCUCCAAGGACCACCUCAAAAUGACCCUGAACCCCAGUGGUGUGUAUACGGGGUUCAUCAAGGUGCAGUUGGAGUUGAGGAGACCCGUCACAGUACGAGGAGGUGGGGGAGGAGAGGAGGCCUUCUACCUCCCCCAGGGGGCGAUUAACACUCUUCACAUCAGCUCCAACAACACCGUACGACAGGUGAUUCAGGCCCUGUUGACCAAGUUCACCAUAGCUGACAACCCUGCUAAAUAUGCCCUGUACAAACGCUGCCGCAGGGAUGAGCAUGAGUACAUGUGUAGGCUGUCGGAGGGAGAGCAUCCGUUGUUCCUGCGUCUGCUAGCAGGUCCCAACACCGACACGCUGGGCUUUGUCCUGAGAGAACAGCAGACUGGCGAGGUCAUGUGGGAAGCGUUCUCCAUCCCAGAGUUGGGUAACUUCCUAAGGAUGCUGGAGAAGGAGGAGACUGAGCGGGUGUGUUCCGUGACGCGUCGCUACGACAACUACAGACUAAAACUGCAGGAGGCCAUGAGAGCAGCUGGGGGGCCGGGGUAAAUACUGCCCCUGGAGGAGAGGGGGCUGGGAACCAGAAUCCAGUCUGAGGGACACUGAGGGGGAAACUGGUCCAACCUGAUUCAGAAACUGGAGAGAGACAGACAGCUGGAAUAAAUUCCAGAUUAUACCUGUGGACCCUAUGUGCAAUACACUCGAUGGACACUAGAGGGCAUCAAUGGUUCCACUGCAUUCAGCCUGGACUUUGCAUUAAGCACUCAAGACUCAAGAGACUACCUCCAUGUCUUUACUGAGUAGACCUACACCCCGUGUGCCAUAUCCACGCUUCUGUUCACUCUCUUUUGAUCCUUUUGGUUAUUGCAAUUUUUUAUUCUUUUGGAAUGACCUUUUUGAACACGUGAAUGAUUCAAACGCCCAAAUAUUUGAAUCAAUUUAUUUUGCAUUUUUAUUUAAUUGGUGGAUGCAAGGGUUUGUACAUAUUGUCGUUUUUAAUUUAUGUGGGUGAAGCUUUGUUCUGUUUCUUUGCUGAAAUAGUUUUAUUGUGUUCUAUGAAGGCGUGGCAGCAAUCCGACCCCCAUAGGGACCGACUCGUGUGCUCACUGAUUUCUCUCACAGGGGUUAAUGCACCGAAAACAUAUCGGCAACAUAAAGGCUAGACUGGUUUAUCAUGGAAAGGACACAGUAUUAGAUGGACAAGAUGAAAUAGAAACUAGGAAAGGCAAAUGAUACAAACCAGAAUAAGAGUGGUGUAUUUAAACGGAAGGUUGUGAUGGUCUUGAAAGGCGAAGCAUUUUUGGUGCCGUUUGUAGAGUCUUGACAGUCACAAGCUGAUUGGGGUUUAGAGGUCAGGAUGGAAGUGUGACAGCUUGUGACCAGAACGACAGUGGAGUUUGAGCUGACCGCUCACCUUUGACCUCUGGACAGAGACUAGUCGUAUCAGAGGAGAAGAGGUUAGUGCUGUGAGAAUGGAAAGAUUUUAGGAAGUUGACUAAUGGUUUUAGAGGAAGUAGAUAAGUAACUAAAGACUGUGUAAGAAAACAAACAAAUGAAAUGGAUGUGACAAACACGAGUUUUUGGAGUUCCGUGUUAAGAGAUUGUCUAUGCCGAGAAAGUUCAGGGCCUCUGUUGGAGCCAGCGCCAGGCCGGUGGCCACAGAUAACAUGGUCAGGAAUAGCAGCAAAGGACAACGGCUAUGUUCCUGUUCCUCUGGUAGUCAUUGAACAUGGCUACAUCUGUCCUAAUCUGCUUCAGGGCUGGUAGGAUAAAUGCUUUUAAUCAGUCUUACCAGUGUGUGAACCCUGAAGCAAAGCUGCAUGUCCCAUGCAGAAAGCAUGACACAUCAGGGAAUGGAUGUGCUAACAGACCAAAGAGACUAGUCCGUUUUAUUGUAGAGGUGACGUCACAUGGCCAUGUGUUCAGUCUCCUAGACCAGGAGAAAGCGGCUAGAACCUGUUGCUUUGAAGUUCUCGCAUUUUGCCUCCCUGUCCAUCGCGCUCUCUCUACUGUAUUUACAUCUCUACCAGGGUCGUAUCCAUCUUCUGGUAGUUACAGGGGAGGCCAUUUGAACAGAGACUGUACUUUGGAAUAGAUGGACAAUCAAUUGAAUGGACAGAGCAACUAGUGAGCGCAUUUUGGGCCAUCAACCCUCGGCACAGUUUCAAAACACUCUGACCAAAUGCAAGAAUAUAUGUUGAUUUGGCGUGUUUCAAAGCCUUGUUGUUUAUCUGCCAGUACUAUAUGACGUUCUUUCUGAUGGUACUGCGUUAGUUGCCAUGUUUAUCUCUAUAGAAAGAGUAGUGGUGUGGUUAUAUAGCCCCACCUUAUGAAUAAAUGCUGUAACUGUCCUCUCGGGCUGCCUGUUGGUGAUACGAUGUUGCUUAUGUUUUCCUGUUCUAUAACCGAAGCUAUUAUAACAUGUUUGGAUUUAUUUUAGGUUUUGCCUGGUGCUCCUAGAGGCCUCUCAAAUUAAGGGAACAUUUUAUAGCUAGAGUUUAUUAUAAGGGGUUACACACCCAGAACUUUAAUUUACGUUUAAACACUGGGUUAAGGGAGUUAGAUAUGGUAAAAUAAUCUGUCACAUUUUAUAUCCUAAAGCCAUUAUUUUCUUUGCAAGCCUUGCUAAAUGGUGUUGCAAAGCACAGUGUUACAUUGACAGAUACCACUGGCCCUGUGUUAGCUAGUUAGAGGUCUGCACAUCUCAGCGUCAGGGCUUUGAAUCAGACAAGUUGAGCUUCUAUCGGACCAGUUUGCGAUCUACUGAAGCUUCAGGGCACUUUACCUUUUAAUUCAGGGAUUUUUCUUUGCCUUCUCUAUUUACCAGAUGCCAAGCUUCCACUAUAAUUCUACACAAUGUUUCAUAAUUAGGCCUUAUUGAAAUGAGUGGCUUUUAUGAAAGAUGUAAAGGUGUUUCGAAAACGUGAUGUCUAUACAAGCUCCUGUAUGAUUUGUUAGACUGUGAAAGUUGGUUUAUCUUCAAUUGUAUCAUGUUAUGGGCAGUGCUAUCUGGUUAGCUUUGUUAAGUCUGGGAUGUAGGAGGAUGACUGCUAAAGUAACCCAUAGAAAUCUACUAUAAAGCAUGCAUUAUCUACACCUAAUGCAUAUAGGCCUACUAUGUGGAUCUUAGGAACCAGUACUGUUGAACUUGGAAAUGUAUGAAAGUUUGUAUAGAUAAACAUAAACUAGUUCGA